AUGACCGACGAAGACGAAUACUCGAGACAACAAGAGCUACAGGCAGACUACGACGAGUUCGAAAAGGACGUGGAGAACGCCGAUGGAGAACUCGUGCUGGGAAUAAUCGAGAGAGCCAACCAGGUGAAGCAAAAGUACAAGGACGACCGACGAGCUCUCGUCAAGGACGCCGAUCUGCUGAAAACGGUGGCAACCAAGAAAACCAAACACAUCAAGAAGUACGCGCUCGCGCAGCCCGGCACCAUUGACCUCAAGCAAGUGCAGAAUAUGGUGACCAGGUUUCUCGACGCCGCCGCCGAGGCUGAAGACCCUGCCUUUGAUCGCGUGGUGGACGCUUUUACGGGGCUCUCGGCGGAUCCGCAGGCCGUUCCUGAUUUCAAGCGGAUCGCAGCUCUGGGCCGGGUCGGUAUGAAGUACGGACGAGUGGCUCGUGGAGCGUCUCAUUUGAUUGGAGCUCUGGAGAAGGACCGACCGCAAAAGGUGCGACAGAUGAAGCCGCGAGAAAUGCCAACAGAGACGGGAGCCCAGGAACAGGCCAAGCAACUCAAGGGCAACGAGAUCGACACCACCAAAAACAACAUUCAGCGAUUCGGAGGAAUCAUGAGACGAAGACUCACGGACGAAUACAACUACCGAAAGAAGCAGGGAGAACCUCUGCCCAUGUUGCAGGCCAUUAUCGACCCUCGCAGCUUUGAGUCUACGGUUCAGAACUUCUUUGUCUUCUCUACGCUGGUGGCUGGAGGAAUGGCGAAGCUGUCUGAAUACGAGGACAGCACUCCCGUGAUUGAGAUGUGUUCCGACGAGGAAACCGCUCAGCUUGUGAAUGACCGAGAUUCGCGGUGUCCCGUUGUGUUGGAAAUGGAUUAUGAGACGUACGAGAUGAUUCUCGAUGCGUACGAGAUGAGAGAUCAGGAACCGUUGUUGGAUCUGGGUGAUACCACCAUGGGGUUGAGUGCAGAGUAG